ACCAUCAAGAAUCUUAAUCCGUGCUUUCGUCUCUUCGCAUGUUUUCUUUAUAUACUCUCCUUUACGUCCAAUUAUACUUCCCACCUUCUGUGCAGGUACCAACAUCCUGAAAACACACUCUCCAGGCCAUCCAGGCCAUUUUUCAACACCUCCUGCAACUGGCUCAUCCACAAUGUCCUGAUUUUGAUCGGGAUGCAACUCGUGUUCAUGUGCUUGUUCAAGCUCGUGUUCAUGUACUUGUUCGAGCUCGUGCUCGUGUACUGGUUCUUGCUCAGGUUCAUGUACUUGUUCAACCUCGACUUCAUUUUCGUGUUCAUGCACAAGUUCAUGUUCUGGUUGGUAUUCACGUUCAUGAGCUUGUUCAAGUUCAAAAUUCUGAUCAAGGUCAGCCAUGAGAUGAGAUCUGCA